CUAGACACCUAAAAUACACAACCGUAUGUUAAUUGAGUUCAGUCAUAUACGAUUCAUAACAACCCUGGUUGGUGGUCACGUGAGGGGUAGAAUUACAUCAGGUGAUCAGGCUGUACCUUGAUCUCAUAGCCCAGCCAGACACGACAGUAAGGGGAAGAGAGGUUUCCAGAAUAAACAUGGCGGUUAUUCUCAUCUUCCUUGCCUUCUUGGCAGCAACUGUUAGUGAUGUUAAAGCUGCUCAGUGCGCAUGCGCUACUGGAAAUGUUAAUGUCCGCUCUGGGGUGGGAACAAGGCAUUCGAUCCUGGGCGUCCUAAUAAAAGGACGCUGUACCUCCUUUGAAGGCGAUCGGAGAUCCGGCUGGGUACAUGUCAACUUCAACGGCAGGGACGGAUGGAUCUCCGGACGCUUCGUCAACAUACGGAGUUGUUCGGGUAAUUCCGGCUCUUCAGGGAGUACCAGCUCUGAAUGUCCCCGCAUUAUCACCAGGGCCGAGUGGGGUGCUAGAUCUCCACGUUCUACCAGCAAUCUUGCCGGGGCUGUGAGAUACGCCUUCAUCAAUCAUGGACUAAGUAGUCCCUGCUCCAGUCAAAGCUCCUGCUCUGAGAGAGUCAGGAGCUAUCAGAACUACCAUAUGAACACCCGCGGCUGGAGUGACAUCGGCUACAGUUUCCUCAUCGGGGAGGACGGCAACGUCUACGAGGGUCGCGGCUGGGACAGGAUAGGAGCUCACACCAAGGGCUACAACAGUGUUGGUCUGGGUUUCUGCAUGAUUGGUAACUUCACGACCCGCGUCCCCAACAGUGCGGCCAUCAACACCGUCAAGGCUCUCAUUGCUUGCGGCGUCAACAUGGGCAAGAUUCAGUCCAGCUACACCCUCAGAGGCCACCGCGACAUGGUCAGCACCGACUGUCCCGGAACAGCCCUGUACAAUCUCAUCAGAACGUGGCCACACUAUUGAAAUGUCUAUUCCGUAAGGAAUACCAUGGCAUAAUGCUGUACUGAAUAAAGAGAUUUAACGACA